CGUGGUCCGCGGCCUCCUUUCUCUGUGCCCCUCUCGUCUCCUUCCCUGCCUGGCGUGGCCGCCAUCUUCUUCUCGCCGCGUGUUGGCUGCGGAGGGGUUGCCGGACUCAGACACAGCAUCAUGAAUCAAGAAAAGUUAGCCAAGCUUCAAGCUCAAGUCCGAAUAGGCGGAAAGGGUACAGCUCGCAGAAAGAAGAAGGUGGUGCACAGGACAGCGACAGCUGAUGACAAAAAACUUCAGAGUUCACUCAAAAAAUUAGCAGUAAAUAAUAUUGCUGGAAUUGAAGAGGUGAAUAUGAUAAAAGAUGAUGGAACAGUUAUUCAUUUCAACAACCCCAAGGUCCAAGCUUCCCUUUCCGCUAACACUUUUGCAAUUACUGGUCAUGCAGAGGCUAAACCGAUCACAGAAAUGCUCCCAGGAAUCUUAAGCCAGCUUGGUGCUGACAGUUUAACAAGUCUCAGGAAGUUAGCUGAACAGUUCCCAAGACAAGUGUUGGAUAGCAAAGCAACAAAAUCUGAAGACAUUGAUGAAGAAGAUGAUGAUGUCCCCGAUCUCGUAGAAAACUUUGAUGAAGCAUCAAAGAAUGAAGCGAAUUAAAUCAUUAAUAGUUCUGGAAGCUGGCAUGGACUAGAUUUAAGAAAUCAGCUAUGUGGUUCCAAAGUUUUACAGAAACAGAGAACAUCACCUGUUAAUAGUUCAGUAAUAUAAAUAUUUUGUAUUUUAAUUAUGCUGUUUGUUCAGCAUUUUCUGUCAGUUGAUUUUGCAUUUUGCACUUACUCCCAGGAUCUACUUUUUCGGUCAAAAAAUAAGAAAUGUCAGUGCAGUUUGAGGGUGUGUGCAUGUGCAUAUGUGUAUGGUGUGGGUGUACAUAUAGUGGAGAACAAAUUGGAGAACAGUUCUAUUUAACCUUCCCUUUGCCCUCAGAAGUAGAAGUAAAACAAAUCUUUACAGUUAUUUUUUAUUUCCACCAAAUAGUGCACAGAAAGUGGUGAAAAGUGAAAGUCUUACUUGUCCACAUUUCAUUAAUUCAAGGCAUUCUGCCAUUAAGACUUGGGUUUAAUUUGCUGUGUUAAUUAUUGUACUUGCCAAUAUAUAUCUCUUCCAUGUUGAAAAUGUUCACAUGCUAUUUGCUAUCAACCUCAUGUUGAUUCCAAAUGAUACCAAAGACAGGAUAUUUACAGCCUGUUUGGUAUGGUAACAUUUUUAAAAAUCAGACCUAGAAGAGUUUGCUUAUUUUUCUUUUUAAAAUUCCUUUCUCCCUCGGUUCCUCCUUUAACUUUAGCCAAUUCUAUCAGCCUUCAUUUCGAGUCCCUUAUUAUAGAACUGAUGUUUGUUCAACCCAUUUCACAUAGACUAAGCAGUAUGUUCUCCUCUUGAUUAUGUGGGUGUACUUCCCAGGAAUAUUACUUGCUAAUUUUAAGAGGAGAUUAGUUCUCUCUACCAUCCAGAAGAGCUAGGUUGAGUCAGUUCUUGAACUUGGACAUCCAGUUGGUAACAAUUCGGUGCAUUAGUUUUGCACAAUAACAUACUGUUGCUUAAAGGAGCUUGUUUGAGCUGUUCCAGUGCCAUAACUGCAGCUACUAGGAGCUGACAAGGCACUGUCAGUCUCCAGGGCACUAGAAAUUAACAGUGUCUUGCGAAUGAUAUUUAAUGUGAGAGAGAGGUCAUUGAUCAUAUUGCUGUAGCUUCCUGCUGGACAGUUUGUGCAAUGACUCUGAAGGGAUUUUUUUGGCCUAUCUGACUUUGCCUAUAACCUACCUCUAGGUUUGGUAUCAUGGCUAUCGUAGCUUAUUAAAAACCACAAACCUUCUGUAGGCAUGCAGAGGACUUUGGAGGUAUCACUGGUAUACUGCAGUAUUUUCUGAACCUUCCUUCAAGAUGCUCAGUGUGAAUCCCUUUGUCAGAGGCUCUUUGAAGGUGCUUGAUGUAACUUGCAUUACAACAUAGUUGGCAUCACUGUUAACCUGUGUCAAAGGCAGCCGUGGCUUAGGAAAGCCAUUUUUCUCUACAUCUAUCAUCUUAACUAUAGCUUAAUUCUGAGACAUAUCAGCUUUCUACGUAGGUUCAUACACUAGAUAACUGUAAAAUACAAGGCUAUCAGUACAUGAGAGUUCUAGUGACAUCAACGUGAACUGCAAAAGCAGAGCUCUUGUGGUUUGUCCUCUGGACUCAAUUUAUUUUAUAGACUUGUUCAGUUUUCCUGUUAUAUUUUAUAUAAUACAUGGAUCUUACUACAAAAUAAAACAACAAUACAAAAGAGGAAAUGUUCCCUCUUGUGUGUCAUUUCCUUCUCCCAGUAGUACCCGUUGAGGAACGUGUUGAUGCAGCUGCUGCUUUAAAUAGCAUUACAUUCAUUGUCAUGUUGCAUUUGAUAACUAACAGGAAAGCUUAUUGGAUUGUGAUAGAUCCUGCAAUACUUUGAGAAAGCCCUUAGGAUUCUCACCUUCUCCACCCCUUUUCCCAUUCGGACUAGAUGGGACUCCCUUCACUCUCAUGGCUACUCCAACCUUCUGCAGAUUGUUGCUCUUGGUUAAUGAAAAUCUCUUAUUCUUUCACACACAUACAAGCUGAGCGAACUGCCCUUCCAAUGCCUCUUCUGGCCCAGUGAGCAAAGAAAGGAGACUGGGAAACAACCUUUCAGUUUUGCAGAGCACUUCCACUAGUUAAGUGGCAUGAAUGAAGAACAUUUAAAAGUUGCAACUGCACUGACUUUACAGAUAUCUGGCAUAUUUUUUCACUACCAAUCAUUUAGUUAUUGAAAAUCCACAUAUUGUAGUAUAAAGCAUUGAUUUCUGUAAUAGCAAGUGUGGUUAAAAAAUAUUUGGAAGAGUAAAAACAGUAAGAAUCUGGGGUAAAAAUGAUUUGGUAAGUUUGUAAUCAGACUUACUGAUUCAUGCGCAAAAGAGAAUCUUUUUGAUUUUUGCUAUUUGGUCAUUGUAACCAUCAUUGCUUACCAAUGUUUGGAAACCAGAAAACUAUAUGGGCUAUGUAAACACAUUAUUUUUCUUUUUUUACUGUAUCCAAAAACUGUUGACCACUUUUGAUUUGCUGCUGAAAUGCUAGAGCUUAUAGAAAUCCAUUAAACUGAUUUUAAUUGAAAAUAACUCACCAAGGCUCUUGUGGAAAAUAGCUAGUGUUCCUUUAUACAUAGCUAGGAAGUGACUGGAACAACUUUUGUGCACUCAGACAGGGGUAUAGAAAAUUGAGUUUAUGUAGUAUAAAGGCGCCUAAUUUUGAGAUGUAUGAAUACUACAUUAAAGGUGCCAGGUGUGUGGUUUUCUUUACACUAUGGAAUCCAGUGUAUCCAUUUGGAGCGCUGAGGAUUUCCUAUUUACAACUCAUUUCAGUGGUCCAUUCUGAAGGAUGACUACACGGGACUAUUUAAGAACCCUGUCAUUACUUCCCUUGAGCAAGACAUUAUUGUUGAAUUACCUGAUGCCCCUUUUCUUUCCUUGCUUAGGCAGACUACAGCACCUGCUAAUCUAGAUUGCACAAGCCAAUAUGUUAACUUAGUUCUCUGAUGGGAGCGAGUUACAUGGUUGUGGCGUCCAACUCUUGAGAACUCCUGUGUUCAUGAAUCUUCUGCUUCUGGAUGAGAGUUGUGUUGUUGCAGUGAACAUAGCUGUAAAAGGUCAUGGGUGGGGAGGGAAAGUUGAUCUUGAAUUGGACUCUUUAUUCAUGGGAUGCUAGGGCAGAGUUUGAAGCAUUGGGUUAUGUGCUUGUGGUGACCUGAGAUGCUCUGUAGAUGGGCUGUUGUAGUUUAUACCAGCUGAAGCUGUAACAGGGGUGUGGCUUUACUCUUAGAUAUAAAGUGAAAUAAUCAAGCUGGAGAUUGUAAGUGGGUGUUUCACUGUUGCUAAGUCUGCCCAAUAAGGUAUGCAAUCUUCUGGCCCGCCAAAGAUGGAAGUGGCCAAUUUUUCAUUGCAGUGGCUGUUUGGUUGUCAAGUAGCAUCUAAGUGGAUCUGAAGGCUACAAUUUGAUGUAACAAUCUGUGGGCAGAUGCCCUUAGUUUUGGGGGGUGUUAAAGAGGAGGCAAGUCCUUGACAUCACUCUCCACUUCCCUCCAGCAUCAUUUCCAUUUUGCCUCAGUUCAGCUUUAUCCCACUGAUCUCAGCUGGUCUUUAAGAAAACUGGGAGGUUGUUGUGUUUACUUUUUGACCUUUCCUAACACAAAUGUCUGUCUACAAGGAAGAUAGAGAUGCUUCCUUCGCUAUACUGGGUCUUGAAAUAAAGCAUCAAGUCAUAAAAUUA